UCUUUUUAAUCUGAAUAAUAUUGAAACAUGCAACUUACAUGAACAAAAUCAAACAAGUUCUGUAUAUUAUUUUUUUCUACAAUGUAGCAGAAUUUCGUAAUUAUUUUACGAAUUAUUAACCAGUCAAAAUCCAUCACUAAAUCUAUAGUAUAUCUAACAAAGAUCAUCAUCUCAUUAUAAAAAUGCUAUUGUUUUGUCUAGCUGGAAAAAAAAAAAGUAAUGGAACAUUUUGAUCAAAAUUAAAAAAAAUUAGCUAAAUACAUCUUGUUAAUGUAAAAUGUAAUGUGUUAUAAAAGUAAUACAUGUCUCUUCUCAUAUAACUUGAAACAUUCCUAGCUUCGAGGAUGAAUUCCACACCAAUAUGUGGAAUGGAUGAAGCCUUGCCCAUUGACGCAGACUGUUCCAGUGAACUACAAACUGAGAACUCUGAACACAUGACCCAAGAGUGUGGGCACCAAGACAAAUCUAUAUCCUGCCAACAAGAUGGGGCAAGUGGGAAAAACAUGUCUCAUGAUUCAUCUCAUAAUUUCAUAAAAAAGAAAGAGCUUAUCCAAUCAUCAGAGAUGUGUCUCAAAGCGGAUUGUGAGACUGAAUCAAAGGAUCAAUCUGUUGUCUAUCAAGAAGGAGUAAAAGGUGACUCAAGACUUUGUGUCUAACACAACAUUAAUGACCAUAAAAGCAACUAACUUAGUUUGGCUUUUUGCUUAAAUGUUCUAUACAUAAGACAAUUAUUUUUAUUUAAUUUUUUCACAUUUAAACUCUUGAUAAAUCACAAUGCUGUAACUCACUAUAAACCAUAACUUUGUCCCCUCAAAACUGAAGAACCUGGCCAAAAAGCAGAAUUAUUUACACAACCACCAGACACUGAAAGGGUCAAACCCACUGAAGGUGAUUCUCCAGUUCACUGGUACACAGAUGAAAUACAAUUCUACUCCGAAAAUGGACAAGUGAUUGAAUCAAAGGAAGACUUACGAAGACUGAUUGUUCCGACAACAGACUUGGGUCAUUCAGGGGUAUACUACAAGACAAUGGAUGAUGACAUAAUAUUUAAGGUGGAUGUCAAAGGUGAUUUAAAAAUAGUUUAAAUCCACACUGCUACAGAAUCAGUUCCAGACAUUCCAAAAGUCAUUUCCAAAAACAAGAUAUUAUCAUUUAAAUUAACCUAAAUAUCAAACAUAAAUUAAAUCUAGUCUAAAAAAGCAGAAUUCAGUUAUCAUAACAUACAACAUUAUAGUUAACAAGCAAAGAAACACAACCUGCUUUUAACUGACUACCGAUCUCUCAUUUGCAUUUUGUAAUAAAGAAACAAAUAAAUUUCCUGUCAUGCAUGUUACAUGUUAAUAAAAAAAACAUUUCUGUAAAAUUUUAACUAUUUCGGUCAAAAUAACUGCUUACAUUAAAUUAUAUAAAUUAAACCCUUUAGCUUCAUCACUGCAAAGUUCAACAAUUCAUGAAACUGAGAGGAGAAAGUCAAAUGAUGAUACAGACAAUGCAAAUUUUCCACAACCUGAUCUACCAAGCACAACAGCAGAGGUGUGUUGGUACAAAGAAGGUGAGGAACUCCUACAACAACAUGACAUUAUCUGCCAAUCUGAGACGAAUAUCAGAGCUCUUGUUGUUAAAUCAGCUGAGUCGUCUCACUCUGGAGUACAUGCUUGCGAGACAGAUGACGCUACUGUCCAGUUUGCUAUGAACCUACCAGGUGAUUCAUCAAUCAUCUACGCCAGCCCAACCCAUCUGAUUACCACACUAACCCCUUCAACCAUGCAAUGGUCACUAACUCUGUUGAAAUAAUUUUUAAAUAAAUACCAGGCUAAUAUGUUGUUGUAAGUUGUUGUGAACAUUUCAGUACAGCAAUGAAAAUUUUGACUAUUUUCCUUUAAGUUAUUGAAAAGCUAAAACUAACAGUGUGAAAUAGUUACGACAACUUCAACUAGAAGACACGGUUUUUGGAAUACGUUUAAGCUCAGGAAACUCUAUUGCCAUUUUUGAGGAAACAGUUGUCUCCUUUAUGUAUAUUCAGAGAUGAUCCUUUUAAUGUAUUAUUGUUAUUAUAGUAUAUAAUUCAUUUUAAGUAUAAUUUGUGAGAAAAAGACAAGAAAUCCCAUCAAAACUAUGUACAAAUAUGAAGGCCUGAUACAUUUGGAUGUAACUUGUGACUAAAUCCAUUUUCAGUUUGUCUCUUUGCUGUCUAAGUCUGUCUUUGUUGUUUAAUGUAUUUGUCUGUGACGUUCCAUGGCAUCUGUCCUUUACUCUUACGCUACUAAUCCUUCAUCUUACAUUCUGAUGUUUGAGUAUGUCCGUUUUCUAUGUUUUGUCUUUGCAUUUUAUUGUUCAUUACGGUUAAUCAUCAGUAUAUCCUUAAAGGCUUUUCCGUAACAACUAGACUCUUUCAUAAAACACUGAAUAUUAAUAUUUUGGUGCACUCUUGAGAAACGUGUUUUGAGAAAAACAAUGCUUCUGAAAUUAAAUGUCUGUGCAAAAUAAAAUGAAAAAAUAAGCAAUAUAAGUAAAUGUGUCUUUACAAAAUUGUCUAUAGCUCCACCAGUGAAGUUCUCCACUAUCCCUGAGGCUCAACGGACUAAAUGCAUUGAGGCAGGCUGCCCCUUUAGACUGCAAUGUGAGGUCUCAGACCCUGGUGCACAAGUCUGGUGGUGCAAAGAUGGGAACAAGGUGCUGCCUCAAGAUGGUGUGAUCACUGUGUCUGAGGGAGCAAUGAGAACACUUUCUGUGCAAACUGCUAAAGUAUGUCAGAGUGGAACAUACAGCUGCCAAACAAACAAUGAUGCCAUCACAUUCCAUGUGGAAAUCAAAGGUGAUUUGAUGCUUUCUUUCAUGAAAUUAAAAUCGUCUCCUUAUAAGCCAUAUAUUGUGCUUUUUAAUAAGCAGGAGGUAAAUGGUUUGGCCAUUUGUCUUUGAGAGGCAGCAUUUGCUUGGCAUGUUAACUUGUUUUCAGUCAAAAACAUGCAUUGAUGAAAGGGAGAAAAACCAUUUGUCAAGGUCCACUAAAUCAUGCAGUUCUUUCUCUAUGCCAUUCACGACUUUGUAGCUCCAUCAGUGAAGUUCACACCAGUUUCAGUAGUGGAGAAGAACAAGUCCACUGAACUUGGCUCACCAAUUGUUCUGAAAUGUGAGCUAUCUGACCCUACAGCUCAUGUUCUCUGGUGCAAAGAUGGUAGAGAACUCUCCCUAAUCUCUGGGCUUGAUUUCCAAGCUGAUGGAAAUAUGAGGAAACUAACUGUUCAAUCAGCAAAACUGUCUGAUACUGGACACUACACCUGUCAUGUUCCAGGUGAUACCGUAUCAUUCAAGGUGGACGUUCAAGCUCACCCUGUUAGGUUCUCAGCACUCCCAGAAAUGGCAAGGAACAAGUUAAUUGAGGCAGGCUGUCCCAUUAUACUUCAGUGUGAGAUCUCAGACUCCACUGCCCAAGUUUCCUGGCUCAAAGAUGGAGUCCAACUCCAACAACAAAAUGGACUUGACAUCCAAUCAGAGGGUACUAUGAGGACAAUGAUCAUCCAAUCUGCUGAGCUCAAACACACUGGCAUAUACAGCUGUGAGUCUGUGGAUGAUCGAAUAGCAUUCAAGGUGGAUGUUGCAGCUCCACCAGCGAUGUUCUCAGCUGUUCCUGAGAUUGAGAAGAACAAGUCAGUUGAAGCAGGCCACCCAAUCAUUCUCCAAUGUGAGAUAUCUGAUCCUACAGCCCUGGUCCAGUGGUACAAGGAUGGAUCACAGCUACUCCCUCAGACUGGAGUUCACAUUCAAUCAGAGCACACCAUGCGGACACUGGUUAUCCUAUCGGCAAACUUAUCCCACUCUGGGUUUUACAGCUGUAAUACCGCUGAUGAUAUCAGCGAAUUUUAUGUGGAUGUUAAAGGUGACAUACACAGUUUAUCCGAAAACUAUUUUGUUAUAUAACUAACAAAUAUGUCACUUAGUAGAGUUCAGUUUCCAUUGGGUGAAUGCACUCUUCUCCAACUUUCGACAGAUCCAUUCCACUGCUUUUAUGGGCUCUUUAACCAUUUUCCUAAUGCAGGAAACUAUUUUUGAAGCUUCCCAAGUAUUUGUAAUUUUUCCACCAACUUUGCCAUCCUUAGAUGCCAUUUUCCCAGCAUCUUGAUUCUCUUUCCUUUAAAUUAAGAAACCAUUUAAGCUGGACAAGCAUGCCAUGUUUCCAUUAUCUCUGUACUUAACAGCAUUUCAUUGUCACAAAGCAUUCAUUAACUGUAUUCUCUUUUCUUUGUUUUCCAUCUGGCUUUUAGAUUGGAGACAGAGUUCUUCAGGGCUGCCCAAGCAAUCAUCAGUGCUUGAAAUGCAUGUUUAACAUGUCGUACUCAUGUGACAAAGUAAGCGCAGCAUAUAAAAGAACUAAUGUCCAUUGUCUUGUCAUUGCAGCACCUCCUGUAACAUUUGCCUAUAUCCCAGAGGAUAAUCUGCACAGAAAUAUUGUGGAACAAGACGAUCUUCUUCU